UAUUUUUUGGUUGGUGUCCUUACCUCUCUUUCUCUCUCUACCCUUGCUCUUUUGUGGAAUUCUCUGUUUACCCAUUUGUUGUGUUGUGGUAACGUUCAUGAAAGCACUCCUUUUGCGCCAACCUGUUAACUCCACUGCUCUCUCUCUCUCUCUCUCUCUUCAUUUUGUUGGCAUCCUCUGUGCCAAGCCAAACACUCCUUUGGUUUGUGCCUAUUCUGAUACGAUUUUCCUUUUAUCUCGCUUCUUUAUAAAGCUUGAUCUGAUAAUCAAAAUCACUGCUUCAAGUGCUCUGCUUUCAUUUCGGACAAAAUUUGUGGGAUUGUAUUAGAUAUUGAGCAAGUUUUCUAUUUUUUGUGAGAUUUGGUGAUUUGUGAUUGCUUUUCUCUUUUUUGUCAGAUAAGAGUUGUUAUUGCUAGUUAGAUAUUGAGAGAGAGAGAGAAUUGUUUCUGGAUGUAGAUCUUUCUAUAUAGAUUUGUUGUUCUUUGUGCUGCAUGACCUUUGUUUUUUUUUUUUUUAAUUAUAAAAGAAAGCCCUUUUGAGCAUAUUUGUGAUUAAAAGAUAGCUUAAAAGGUGGUGGAGUCCUCCUUUCUCAUUGGUGCUUUUAUCCCAAUAUCGUUACAAAAAGUUACCUUUUCUUUGCUGGUGGGCGGUGUAAAUUGAGAAUUGAAUUCUGGUUUUGCUUCUUGCUGAAUUCUGUUUAUCCAGAAUUUGGGUUCACAUUUGAGGAGUUGUUUAGGCUGUGAGUUGAAAAGGGUCUGUGCCAAUUUGGUGAUAGAUUGUGAUUUUAAUAGAAAAAUUGGAUAUUUAGGGUGUGAAUCCUUUAGAUUUGGUAAAGGAGUGUGUGAUUUCACAAAGGGGGUUUCUGACGGAUCCAUCAAUUGAGAAUAGGUGGUCUUAUUGGCUGGCUCCUCUGGAGUGCAUACUAAACAUUGUCAGGGCCCUCAGAAUGGGGUCCUGCUUGUCUGCAGAAAGCAGGAGCCCUCUCCCUGGUUCACCCUUGUCCCCUGCAGUCGGGGUCAGGAAGAGAAAGAGCUCGAAAAAACGGUUCGGCUCACGGAAUUCUUCAUUCGAGUACCGGAGGGAUGAACCUCUGCAUAGGAUUCCGGGCAGGAUGUUCUUGAAUGGGUCUAGUGAAGUGGCAUCUAUGUUUACCCAACAAGGCAAGAAAGGGACCAAUCAAGAUGCCAUGAUUGUUUGGGAGAACUUUGGUUCCAGAACAGACACAAUUUUCUGUGGUGUUUUUGAUGGCCAUGGUCCCUAUGGUCACAUGGUUGCAAAGAGAGUGAGAGAUUCUCUUCCUCUGAAACUGAGUGCCCAUUGGGAAGUGAACAUAACCAGUGAGGAUGUUCUCAAAGAGAUCAGUCUUACUACUGCUGGAAGCAUGAACUCGGAAGAUACUCCCUUCAUAUCUGUUGAUGAAGAAUCCAGGGUCUCCAUUGAUCUUGAGGAAGCAGAUAAGCAUCCCGAGAUCUUUCAGACUCUGAAAGAGUCAUUUCUGAAGGCUUUUAGAGUCAUGGACAGGGAACUGAGAGUGCAUCCUAGCAUUAAUUGCUUCUGUAGUGGGACAACAGCAGUAACUCUGGUUAAACAGGGUCGGGAUCUUAUCAUUGGAAAUGUUGGGGAUUCCAGAGCGGUAUUGGGUACAAGAGAAAAUGAUGAUUCUUUAAUUGCAGUUCAGUUGACUGUGGAUCUUAAACCAAAUCUUCCAGCGGAAGCAGAGAGAAUCCGAAAGUGUAAAGGGCGUGUUUUUGCUCUCCAGGAUGAACCUGAGGUUGCUCGUGUCUGGCUGCCAAAUAAUGACUCCCCUGGCCUUGCCAUGGCACGUGCUUUUGGAGAUUUCUGCCUAAAAGAUUAUGGUCUGAUCUCUGUGCCGGAUAUAUCCUAUUGGCGCAUCACUGAGAAGGAUGAAUUUAUUGUCUUAGCUACGGAUGGGAUUUGGGAUGUGCUAUCAAACAAAGAAGUGGUAGACAUUGUAGCAUCAGCCCCAGCACGUGCCUCUGUGGCUAGGUACCUGGUUGAGUCAGCAGUUCGUGCUUGGAGAUGCAAAUAUCCAACUUCCAAAAUUGAUGACUGUGCUGUAGUUUGCCUCUUCUUUGACACAAACAGCGCAUGUACUGCUUCCAAUAGCAAGUUAAACGAUCAGCUCACUUCAGUGGACCAGGUUGAGUCUUGCAGUGAGAAAGAAGAUCCCUCUGGUCCAGCCACUUUGGACCGUUCAGGAACUGUCCGAAAUGGUAAUGAGAUUCCGCAAGAAGGAAGCAGUGAAGAUGCCUCAAGGGAGGAGGAAAUGCAUACAGAUGUGGGAAAAGACUGGUCUGCUCUAGAAGGAGUGUCUCGUGUAAACACAUUGUUGAAUUUGCCUAGGUUUGUGCCAGGAAAAGAAGAUAAAGAAUGGAAAUGAUGGAAAGGAAAGAAGAAAGGGAAAAAGAUUUAUAGGGCCAUCAAUGUUAAAUUUGAACCGGAGAGGUGGACCCGGCUAUAUUAAGGUGUCUGGGAAAUUGUCCUUUCUCUCUCUAGUGUGGGUAGAAUUGGAAUUUUUGUAAAAUCCAACUCUCCGUCAAGUUUCGUUUAAUUUCAAUUUUUCAUUUUUGAAAUUCCUUGUGUGAUUUGUUGGCAAUUGUCAUGUUGAUAAUAAUUUUGUGAUAAUGAAGCCUCCUAUUAUAGUGCAA